AUGGCCGAAAGUUUAAAUGAUUUUAUAGCAGUUUAUAUCGCAGGAUUUGGUGCUGGUAUUGCAUGUUUUUUAGUCAGCACUCCAACUGAACUGGUAAAAUGUAGAGCACAAAUUGCCAUCACUACAAAUUAUUUACGACAGCCAUUCCAAUAUGGUGCUGUAAGAGUUGGGGAAAGGAGAUUAUCGUCAUUUUUAUUAAAAUCUAACACAUGGAGAAUUUUCAAAGAAACAAUCUUGACUCAAGGAAUUAGUGGACUUUAUAAAGGAGGAUUGGUUACAAUAAUUCGUGAUGCUCCAGGAUACGGUGUUUAUUUCUGGGCAUAUGAAGGAUUAAAACGUGUAUUAGAAGUGACGUCAUCUGAUAGCAAUUCUGAUAGAAAUAAUGUUCUUAAACUCUUAUUUGCUGGUGGUACCGCUGGUCUGCUUUCUUGGGCUAGUAUCUAUCCUUUGGACGUGAUAAAAACCAGACUACAAACACAACAGCAAAAUUAUUAUUCAGGUAUUAUUGAUUGUGCAAUUAAAUCAUACCGUGAAGAAGGUGCAAAAGUUUUUUUCAAAGGAAUGUCCACCACACUUGUUAGAGCUUGGCCUGUUAAUGCUGUCACUUUCUUUGCUUAUGAGCUUGUAAUUGGUUGGUUGAAUAAUAAAAAAUUAAACGAUGAUAAAAUAGAAUAA